CCUCCUGCUGCACCUGCGCAGGACGGCCUCGGAGACUCCAGCGAGGGAUCAAGAACGCCGACGUCUCCCGCCUUGUCGACUGCCUCCACGGCCGACGACGAAGACGACGACAUCGGAUCGUCUCCGAUCCUUCCUCUUCUUCCCGCCCCCAAGCUAUCCGAACGGGCUUCGGCGAUCUUGAGGGCACCUGCUUUUGAUCUUCACGACUUCCAGUUUGGUACCGCCAGCUGGGGCUCUCCCUACCUGCGCAACGACCUCAACCUCCGCCGCCAGAGCUACGCCAGCGACGAGUCUGAGAGUGAGGGCGCCGCUGCCGCCGUUCUUGUGCACAGGGCCAGGCGAAGGAACAGGGGACUCACAGAGGGCUGGAUCCGCACCCACACCGCCGGCGACCAGAAUACUGAGGCUCGACUUUGGUUCAGCGACGGAGACAGCAGCGAGCACUCUUCAUUGAGCGGCUCGGAAACUGAGUGGUACCGCCGUCGAGACCCUCGAACACCUACGCCCUCUGGCCGAUAUAGGGCAAAGUCUCGAUCCACCUCUCGAUAUCCCCGCGCCAUCUCCAGCAUCGAGACUCUAAAGGCCGGUGAUCCCACUCAGGCAGAAAUCGACGACGAAAUGGCAAGCUCAGUCGCCACCGAGACGGGCUCAGUUAUAGCCCUGCCUAUCUCCGAGCACCACAACGACAUGGCGACCGCAGAGGCUGAACAUUUCACCAUGCCCGCCAUCAAAGUCGCAGAUAAACCCUUGCCUAGGGAACCGCCCGUCGUCGCGCCCCGAAUUAAGAAAAAGGUACCAUGGAAGGGCAAGAACAUUAUGAUCUUAAUCCCGCGAGAUGAUGAGCGCGGUCGUCCAGGACAGCCGCCGCUCCCACUUCGCCAGGACGAGAUUGAACGCAUGUUUGAUUCAUGGACGGAGCUGGGAUACAAUGUAGACGGCUUCGACUUGCCGGCCGAGGAACACAUUGUGGGUGAAUCCCAAAGCAGAGAGCUCUGGCCCAGCCUUGAGGACUUGGCGCAAGAGCGCUACGACCGAGAUUUUACUGUGGUCUUGCCGGACUUGAAUGCAUGGAAGAACUACGUCAAUGAGUUGCAAGAAGCCAAGCUAAGAGCCCUUGGCGUCUCAUUUGGCGGCGAUGAGCCUGAAGCUGCGCCCUCAAUAUCCUCACAACCGUCUCGCAUGCCCUCGGCUCAAUAUCCUCCACUCCCCUUCUCUCCUCCAAUUCCGACAUCCUCAGCAUCCAGCAAUCACGCGAUACCCGGCUUCCCGUUCCCGUCUCCCUUCAUCCCCGGCGCCGCAGCCGCCCAGAGCCCUGGCUUGCCGACGGGUGCUUCACCAGUUCCCUUUGGUGUGCAUGGCAAGUUCAAUACACGGCAGUCCAUCUCAUUCCCUGCCAACAACUCACCUUUCCAGCAACCACCUCAAGGAUGGCAGAAUCAGGCUGGCGUCUUGCAGGGUCUAAGCCCUCACGAUUCGCCGUCAAUCAUGAGCCUCAACGGCAUGAUUUCUCCCCAAUCUCCUUAUGGUAUCGAUGGAUUCAACCAGGCUGGAAGCCCGGCGUUUAAUCUGCACCAGAGGCAUCAAUCGCUGCAAUACCUGCCACAGCAAUAUGCUAGAGCCUCGCCUCGCCUUCAAGACGUGAGGGAGGAUGAAGAGGAGGAGGAACAUGUGGGCAAGAGCCCUUCAAAGACUCCGGAGCCUGCACAGCGCAAUGCCGACCAGCUGCAAGCCGAGAUUGAUGAUGCCGAGUAUCACCUGGAAGAACAAUUGCGGAAUGAGUUGGAGCACGAAGACUACAAUCCUCAGACCAGAGCUGAGUCCAUCAACCACCAGCCCUUUGUGUCUGCACAUGCUCAUCAGCCCUCCACCGGCGGCUUUGCCCCGGUUGAGCAUUUUGCUAACGAGCCAGGCAAGCCUCUUGUCUUGCAUCAUCCACGACCUCACAGCCGCGGCCACUCUCUUACGCAAAACUUCUAUCGGGAGACCGAUUCUUCUGAGGGCAUUAACCAGGGUGGCUUGCCGCAGUUUGCGCCAUUGAAUGAAAUUCCAGAGGCCCAGCGUGUUGACGAGGCUUAUGAUGAAAUCCAGACCAACCCGAGCAAUCUCGGCACCCCGAUACAAGACAUUGACUUCGCUGCAGCCUUUAGCCAGCACCAAAAGAACAUGUCUGCUUCAAGCAACCCCUGGCAGGAUGCUGUGUCACUCGCCAAUGGUGGCGGUCAGCAUUCAGCUCAGGACAGCAAGUCUUCCUUGUCUAAAUUCAACGUGGAAGCGCCAGAGUUCAAGUUCAACCCCACCAGCACUUUUACUCCUGGUCUUUUCAACUUCUCUGCCAGCAGUUUCCAGCCUGCUGUCUUCCAUGCUGCUCCUCCCGAGGACAUGGACCAGACUCCCUUUGGAGUCCCGCCUCAACAGCCCCCAGCGAGCAAGAUCAACGUCAAUGCUCCAGCAUUUGCUCCUGGGCAGAGCGAAUUCAGCUUUUCCUCAUCCGGGCCCAAGUUCCGACCCGAUGCUCCCGCCUUCACACCUUUCCAGCCCCAAGGCAACUCAGCCCCAGCCCCUGCUGAGUCUAACACCAAGGGUUUCCCGAGGCGGACCGAUUCCAUCUUUAAUAUCAACAAUAUCAACAUUGUCCCUGAUGAUUACAUCACUAAGAGGACUAAGGCUGUUCCCAUCAUGAGACCCUCUAGUGUUGCGUCUGCCGACGCAUCAGCGGCUUAUGAGGGUGAUGUGAGAGACCCUGACGGACGUGUUGGUGAUAUCUCCAGAGUCAAGAGGGCUAAGAGUGCCAAUCUGUCCGAUUCUGAUGACGUGCCUCUCUUUGCUGAUCAGCCAGACGACUCUGCUGAGGAGUUGGUCGAGGAAGAAGAGACUGCAAUGGAAGGCUCUGUUGAUGGAGAAGCCGUGUUGCCCGCCGACACUUCCAUGUCAUCUGUCGAUCAAAUUGACACUCAAGUUACGACUGCGGCUCCUUCCGAGACUUCACCGGCGGAAGCAUCUGCCAAGUGGACAUCGUCAUUUGAGCACACUCCUAGGCUUUUGUCGGUGGCCACCCCAGUAUCUCUCCCAGAAGAAACCGAACCUCGCUCCGAUGGAGAAGGAUUAUCCGAAUCUACACAGCCUCAGGUUCUCUCUGCCCCCGAAGACCCCCGGCUUGUGGACACGAGACGCAAGCUUACUCCCAAGGGUCUUUCUGGGUCUCGUUUCGCAUUGCCUCUGCCUAAAUCGUCGGGCUUGGCUGCUUCCCGAUUUGCAGAACCGACUCCUGCUCCUACUGCUGAGCAAGACGAUGCCGUAGUUGAGCUGGUACAGGAAGAUGUCAGCACCUUGAAUCCCACACCGACCACUAACGGUGGAGGGCGCGAGCCUACCUUUGAGGAGAUUGAUGCAGUCAUGCAGCGAAUGGAGAUGGAUCAUUCUCAGGGUGUUAACAAGUCCAUUGAGACGUUCAAAUAUCCUCAGCCAUCCGUCGAGAUCAACGAGUCGUCUGAGGAAUUGAAUAUUCCUUCAGAUCAUGCACGCGAAGGAAGGAGUGUUGUUCCACGCCAGUACAGGGACGUACCGGACAAUGCCUCUCAGCCAAUGCUGAGCACCGAGCUGGAAGAUCCAUUUGUGGAUCCACCUUUGAGUGCCCAAGUUCUCAGACGUGGCAACGCGUUUGGAGAUGGCGAACUUGAUAGCGAGCCGGUAAGCGAUUGGGAAGGCGCCUUUUCUGAGGAUGAACACUCGAAGCUUCAGAACCGUGCCCAAUUCUUCGAUGGUCACGUUAACGAAGUCGUUGGUAGCCUGUUGGCAUCCAGACUCGAGCCUCUUGAGAAAGCUUUGCUUUCUCUCCAUCAAUCUUUGGCAUCCAAGGGCCAACGUGCUCCUUCUUCUCGACGUGACGUCCGUGGCGGUUCAAUGGAGUAUCAAGAAAGUGAUGCUGACGACGAAGAUGACGAACCACUUCCUCGUCGCUCAACGAGCCCUAAGAGAGACCGUAGGCUGGAUCAGAUUCGCUCAAUUGUCGUCGAAGCUCUAGCGACACAGCAACGCAGCCAGCCAGCUCCCAACACGGAGACUAACGAUGAUGUAACGCUGCUGAGAUCUCUUGACGAGAUCAAGGAGCUGUUGGUUUCCAGUGCCAGGCCCACACCUCGUGAUGACGGCACCUCUCCUGCUCCGUUUGAGAACAUGCUCCAAGCGAAGCCCGAUGAAGAGCUUGCCGCCCAGAUUCGCGAACUUCAGGCAAAGACCGCAGACUUGGAAGAGCGACACCGCCAGGACCAAGAGAAGCUUGAAAGGGAGAUUGCCGAUCGCAGAACCGCAGAAGAUGCAGCAGCUGAGCUGAACCGAAAGUUGCAGUCCGCAGAGACUCGGGUGGAAAUUGAAAUCAUCAACCGCAGUGUGUUCGACCAGCGUGUUGCCGACCUCGAAGAGAGGCUGAGGACCCAGGAGGAUACCAACGAGCAGGAAGUCAAGAACAGACGCAUUGCUGAGGAUAACCUGUCCGAAAUUCAGCGCCUGUUCCGCAAUGCUUCUGAAGAGGAGGCUCGACUACGCGAAAUGGUGGAAGAAAGAGAACAGGUCAUCAAGACACUUGAGCACUCUGCUAGCAAGACUACCAUGCAAAUGACUACCUUGGAGGCUGCUCGUGAUAACUGGACCCACCAUCAGGCCGAAAUGGUCAACAGGAUCAACGUCCUCGAAGCCGAUCUGCGCAACGUUCGCCAGGACAAUAAUACCUGGAGAGCGGAGACUGAGCGCGCUGAUGAGGCCGCACGCCGCAGCAAUGGCGAGCUUGGCCAUGCCUUGGAUGAAAACAAGCGACUUCACAAGUCGCUCAACAACGUCAUUGCCCAACUCGAAGAAAACGAGCGACUUCGCGAAUCAUGGCGUGGCAAGUUCCUCGCUCUUCAAGAGGACAUGGGCCAGGCCGCCCGCGAGGUCGCCGAAGAGAAUGCGCGACGCAUCAAGAGGGAUCAGGCCAUGUUGGCACGCCAAGAUGUCUUAGAAGCGCGACUGCAGGCUGAAUCCAAGACCCGAGAACGCCUAGAGGUUGAGAUGGAGCGACUCCAAGAUAACGAGCGAGCCGGUAUGCGUGCUGUCAAUGAAUGCAACCGUCUUGAGGAAAUGCUGUCCGAGCUACGCACCGAAAAUGCCAAGCUCCAGCAGUCUUCUGCUCGAUAUCAACGUGAGUUUGAAGAGGCCCGAGAAUCAGGGGCUAGCGAAGUCAAGAGAACUCGCAUGUCUCUGCAGACUGAGCUCGACGCUGCCAACAACCAAGUCAACGUCGUUCGUGAAGAGUACGAGGAGCAAAAUGCGAAGUUGCGCGCUGAACUUGACCAUCUCAAGCUUGAGAUCGACACCGCCAAGGCACAGAAUGAGAUGCUUCUCGAGGGUGCUCAAUCUAGCAGUGCCAGCGAAUUAGAUGAACUCAAACGCAAGCACCAAAACGAACUGGAGGAUAUCCAAACUCGCUAUGAACGCCAAGUCCACAACGCAGUUGAGGAUGGACAGCGAACAGAGCAACACCUGUUGGAGCGCCUCAGUCUGUCCACAUCCAAGACUGAACACCUCCAGGACCGCAUACUUCAUCUUGAGGAGAAGCUUGAGAUUACGAAGCAGGCCGCUGCCGCCGCAGCUCAAGCUGCGAAGUCGGCUGGCGUUGACUCUUCCUUCUUGAGCCCCACGAUGGCGAAACCAGCAGAGAGGGUUGAAAUGCCAGAAAAGAUUUCCCCACAAGCUCUCCGGGAAUCCAUCAUGGUCCUCCAAGAACAGUUGCAGGCCCGCGAACAGCGCAUUGAGGAGCUUGAGCAGACCGUCGCCGAGCUUGAUCCCGACGCUGCGACCAAGAUCGCUAAGCGUGACGACGAGAUCAUCUGGCUGCGCGAGCUUCUUGCUGUGAGACAGGGAGAUCUCCAAGAUAUUAUCAUGGCACUCUCAGGAGAUAAGUUUGACCGCGCCGCCGUCAAGGAUGCUGCCAUCAGACUAAAGGCCAACUUGCAAAUGGAAGAACAAGAGCGUGAGAGGGCCAUGAAUGGUGGCUCAGCCAUCAGCCUCCCCAACAUUGCUCAGACAAUUCAAGCUGCAACACCGCGUGUAGCGCAAACCAUUGCUCCCAUCGCAGCCGCCUGGGGCAAUUGGCGCAAGAGUGGCCAGUCUGGCUUCCGAGGCAUUUCAGGAGUGUUGAGUUCGCCCGCUGUUACGGGCAAUUCCACUCCCUCUAAGAGCAGAAAUGACCCGGUGCAGAACGGGGGCAUUCUGAGCGGACUCCUUACCCCUCCGGCCACAGCUCUUCGACAGUCUCCCACCCCAGACGGCCGCUUACAGCCUACCGCGUUUUCCAGCACUGGAAGGCGAUUUACAGGUCAGAGCGUUCAGGAUCGGACACGUCGAGAGUCCAACGUAUCCCAUCGAUCUGACAAAUCUCGCUUUCCAGACCUCUCUCAUCGACGUCAAGAGUUGGCGGCUGAACCAGUGACACCUCCUCCUAUUAUGCACCAACCUGUAUAUGACGAGGACGCGCAGCCUGGGGAUUUUGACGACCAUGACUUCUUUGAAGAG